UUCUGUAUGGCCGAUCGUAACGUGAUGGCGUUGUAUCACGCACCACUAUAACCUGUACGCAAUUUCUGUCAUUGUUACAAUAACUAAUUUCACUCACUCUCUUAUGUUGUCGUCCUAUCCGGUGCUCAACUACAACCCUUCCCGCUUCGCGAAUCACUUAACGAGAUAUAUCCAGGAAAAGGAUGAUAUUAUUUCCAUGUACCACUGGUAUCGAUGGACCGGAUCACUGCACUCUACUUCCGUUAAGGUUUAUACUUGUUCUUUUAUGCUCAUCCCAGCAAAAGGAGAAUGCAACACCAGCGUACUACCAAAAGAUAACUCUCCUGUUACCGUUGUUUAUUAUUUAAUAUCACCGUUUGCUCCAUUUAAUUUUUAUUAUUCUUCCUUUGUAGGUUAUACAGGUAACUCUUUCUAUCCAUCACACUAUGCCAGCCUCUACAUUAUUCAAAUUAUUUCAGACUACCACCACUCCUCAUCACCUCCGUUUAUUCUUCAGUGGGAAGAUAAUGUAUAUCUAUGGUUAUCCUAA